AUGAACUCCAACACCAACAACAACGCCGCCGCCGGCCAGAAAGACUACCUCGACAAGGGCCUCGACGCUGCUGAGAAGAAGUUUGGCGGCUCGUGGGGACAGAACACCGAGAAGAACCGUGGCGUGAAUGAGAAGAUCACCGAUGGCGCACGCAACAUGUUCGAAAAAGCCACUGGCAAGAACGUUCCCGACAAGUUCUCCAACUAA